AACAUCUAAAAUAGUCAUGAGUUUUAUUAAUUAUAUAUAUUUAUUAUUUACUAUAAAUUAAUAUAAUUACAUUAAUUAAAAUUAAAUUAAAUGAUUGUGUUAAAAUAUAAAUAAUAAUAAAAUAAUGGAAUCAGUGGGUGGAAUACCAGUUGAAUGUUUGACGUCUGGAGAAUUAGCUGGUGUCUGGUCUGGCUGGUCAUCAAUGAAAGAUCGUGAGGUCGUCAGAGAAUCAUCAGCCAAAGGAACACACAUAAAUUUAGCAUAUAAAUUUCUAUGUUACCGAAAAAAUUUAAAUAUCAGUGAGGCUAAAUUAUUUUUCAAUAACGAAGUCGAUGCUUGGAUUGACGAAUUACUAAACAAGCAACAGAUCCAUCGUGCUUCACAUAUUCUACGUAAUGUUGGUCAAGAUCCUAUCGGAUAUAUUCGUAACAUUUGUAUUAAAUUACCUGAUCAUAAAAUACGUGAAUAUUUAGUCAAUCAUAUUAUUAAUAAUAAAGGUUUCUCUGAUGAAGAUAUUCUGGGAUGGAAUAUCGUUAAAUGUCUCAAGAAGUAUAAAGAUAAAUGUGAAUUCACAGAUACAUUAUUUCAUUAUAAAUUGAUACCGAAUAUUUCCAUACAAGAUGUAUUGAAUAUUGAUAAUAAUGUCAGGGAGUCUCUGCUAACUGAACUUUAUUUUAUAACUUAUGAUAGCAGUUUGUCGAGCAAACUCAAGACUGAAGUUGUUUGGGAUUAUUUAUUAUUGAAUAAUAAAACUGAUUUUUUGAUAAUCUGGAUUGAUAUUUAUUAUAAUAAGCAGGAAAGUAUUAAUAGUUGUAAUAAAGACAUUGAUGUUAAAAUAUUUUCAAAACUUAAUAUCACACUGGAGAUGAUUGAAAGUAUUGAGACGUCUAAUGCUUCAUUUCCUGUCAAGUUAUUACUACUUAAUCAUUUAGCGAGAUAUGGAAUAUUUUUAAAUAGCGAACAAAAAGAUAUUAGAUCAACAUUGUCACGUUUAUUUAGUGCGUCAGUAAUACCAUCCGAGUUUAAUAAAAUAUUGUCUAAAGAACACUGUCGUUUAUGCAGUGAUAUAUUUACUGAAAAUAUAUUUUCAAUAGUAUAUCACCAGAAAAAAAUAAGCGAUGAUUUUGAUCAUAACGUAUAUUUACAAGAGAAAAAAUUGCAACAUUCAUUACAUGAUUUAAGUAAAUUUAAUAAUGCCGAUCAAAAAAUUAUUACCAAUGCAAUUUUUCAAACAAUUUAUAACAUAACGCACAAUUUUACUGAGUUCCUACAGUCAAAUCCUUAUGUCGCAUUAAUACUGAUUAUUAUUAACUACGUAAAUGAUCGUAAUGUUAUGCAACGACAAAAAAAUGAUAAAAAGUUAAUAAGCUUCAAAGAUUAUUUUUGUGGUGAUGCAUUUUUUAUUGAAAAUCUGACAUUUGAAAAGGAAGUAAUUGAUGCACUUUUAAAAUGUAUACCUUAUUUAAAAGAUGUCAUGAAUGAUGAUUUAACAGGAAGAAAUGACAUCACAAUGUACCAACUUAUUAAUGGAUUUAAUAAUUUAAAUAUUCAAGAAUUAUUUAAGUGGCGAAAUAAAAAUGAUCCAAUUCCUACUUUUACUAGUGACUAUUUGAUUAAAAAAUAUGGACACAAAGAAAAACUAACUUAUAAGUAUUAUUUGAAAGAAUUGAGACCAAGUAUGGCUGGUUAUAUUUUACAAAAACAGCGGGCUAAAAUAUCCGAUAGUAUUUCAUCUAAAAUAAAAUCCCAAAGCGCAUUCCAUGCACAUAUUUAUGGGUUAAAAAACUUAAAUGAUAGUAAAAUAAUAAGUACCUGCAUAUCUUUUAUAGAAUAUCUUGGUAUUGAUUCAGAAUGUCUGAGAUUUCAUACGACAGCAGCCAAUUAUAUUAAAAAUAAAAUAGAUGUUUCAAUAAAUGACCUCCUUGAAUCUGUAACUUAUCACAACUCUUAUAAAGAUUUGGCAAUAAUAACAAACUAUCUUGAAGAAAGUUUUAAAAAUGAAUGUACUGUAUCAAUGAAAAAUGUGAAUGAAUUUAUAUCAGCAUUAAAAUCAUGGGAUUUUAUUGUACAAUUUUGUUAUAUACAUAAUACUAAAUUUCCUUCAUUAUUUUUAAAAUAUCUGGCGAAUAAUAACUUUUGGUUUGAAUUCGUGUUAGUUGGACACAUUUUCGGUUAUCCAUUAGAACAGAUAUUUCACAACGCAGAGUUAUUUAAAAAUCAAAAUAUACGUGAACAUUUAUUGAUAUCAUUAAAUAAUUCACAUUUACUUGCCGAAACUUAUUCUCGGGUUAAUCUUCCACUAAUUAAAUUACCGGAUACAAGACAAUUGAAUUUGUUAAGGAUGAGUCGUAAAAAUGAUCCAGGAAGUCUUCAAACUAAAAUAAAUACAAAUGAUACAGAAGAACCAUUACCAAAUGUUUUCAAAUAUUUUCCAUUAAACCAAAAAAAUUCAUCAUAUAAUUACGACCUAUGGCUGACGAUACUAAAGUGUCAUCAGAGUCAAGACCCACCUGGCGCAUUAUUGAAAUCAUCACGUGAUUGCAGAUCAGCGAUACCGAUAAUUUUAGCAGCAUGUUAUGAGCCCUCAGCGACAGCAGCUUACUGCUAUUCUUGGCUAGUUAUAUCCGUCAACGACGAAGAUUUGAUAAUUGAUUACACAAAUUGUUUGAACGAUCAAAUUUGGUCUGCCAAAAAAGUAUCUGAUCUCUUCCGUAGAAUAAUAUCACUUGGGUAUAUCGAUACUUUGAGCCGCGGGUUUAAAAUAUUCAUGCCUGAUAAUCCGCUUUCAAUAUUUUUUUAUUUUCUCGUAAAAUGUAUCAAGCACGCGGACUUUGAAUCAUCAGUCAAUAGUUUAAACAAUUUUUUAAGUAUCUGUUCAACAUUUAAAAGUAAUAAAAUGAUUGAUUGGACAGAUGUUGAUACGACGUAUCUAAAUAAUGAAUAUUGGAUAGCAACUGUUGCUACCGAAUGUAUUUUAUCAGCUUUGGGACGUUGCUCUAAAAGUAUACAGAUUCAAACAAAAAUAUUACGUAUUCUUGUUGAAAAUAAUUUUAAUUCUUCAUUAAAUAUUGAUGGAAUUGAAUUUAAAAUGCUUUGGGAAAUAGUCACAAGUCUCGAAAGGACAAAUGUUAAAAUAGACUUUACUGCUAUUAAAUUAAUAGAUAAUUGUUCAAACAUAACACAAGAAUUUAAACGCUGUAUUCAACUAUUAAUUGACAAUGAAGAUUUUACAAGCGCACUCGAAUUAUCUAAAAUAUCUAAUUUACCCUGUUCGAAAAUAAUUAUCGACCAGUAUCGCUGUGAAUUUAAAUCCCAUUCAAUUAAAAUGAAUAAUAAUGAAAAACUAACCACAGAAAAAUGUGAUUUAGAUUUUUGGAAAAAGUACGCUCUCGAUAUUAAAAAAUAUAACGUUAAUUUCGAGGAUGCUGCUGGAUUUUUCGUAGAACAUGCGGAGAAAGUUAACUCACAUAAAGAGCGGUACGAAAUAUUACAACUUGCUCUUAAUACUUUGAAGCCUAUUUCAACUGACCAGCAAACAAUUGAUACAAUUGAAAUGGCGAUGUGGAAAUCUUGCAUACUUGCCGGUCCAGAAGCCAUAGAAAUAAGUAACAAAAGAUGUUUAUUUAAUAAAUUAAAAACGGAAUUAUUGUCGGGUGUUAGUAAUCUAAGAGUUAGCUGUGUACUGAAUGAUAGCACUGAAGAAAAUGCAAUAAAUGAAUUAAUAAAUAAAUUUAUUGACAUUGAAGAUCUCGAAACUGCUUUGCGUAUAAGCGCGAUUUUUAAUUAUAAACAUAAUGAUUUAAAAAUACUUAUGCUUUGCUUAAGUAUUGCUGAGCUUGAACUGUCACCUUAUGAAUUAAGUUCACAGCAUAAAAUUCUUUUGGAAAAUUUGUUGCCAGUAAAACCACAAAAGUAUUCGCUGUUACGUCUACAAGGACUCAAAAGACAGCCUGAAUCAUCAAUUAAUUUAUCAGCCUCUUAUGCUAAUGAUGAUGAUAAUAGAACUGAAGAUGAAACAGACAUCUCAUUUCAAAAAAUGACUGCAGACUGUAUUGAAUUAUUAGAUAAAUUAGUUAAGAAUCUUCAACAUGGUACGAAUGUUGGCAACAAAAUUCUUUUAUUAUAUAAAUUAUCUGUUAGUUUAAAAAGAAAUUAUCAAAGUUUGCUCAAGUCCAAAGAUCCAAUAGAAAUACUUUACGAUAUAACGGGAAUAAAUUGUCCAAAUAAAUUUGAUCUCAUUAAAGAUGUGAUAAUAAUAUACAGAAUAAAAGACAGUGAAGUUGCUAAGUUUUUAGCUGGAGAAAUAAUUUUACAUAUAACGCGACAAGUUGAAGAUGGAUAUGAAUUAUCAUCUUCAAUGUGGGGUUAUCCAUUAGAAGUACAUGCCCAUUUGAUAACUGAUUUGUGCAGUGAUCCUUCAAUACUCGGAUGGGAAUUAAUGAAGAGCAUUAAUAUUAGAUUGGGACAGUCACAUGGUAGUAAACGUGAUAUCGCGACAUUAAAAAUAAUUAUCGAAUUACUUAUACGUGCUCAUAAUUAUUUUACUGCUGGUUGUCAUAUGGAAGGUAUCGCUUAUGUUUUAAGAAAAUGUCAGAGCUUAGCAAACACUUUGCAGCAUCUUAAACUUUGGAGUCUCUUGGUACGAUUGUUAACUGGUAUUGGACGUUUUACAGAAAUGAAUUAUGUAUUUAAUAUACUUAAAGAAAAUGAUCAGUUUGAAUUUUUGCUCGGCAAAGGACUUGACAAAGUCACCGGUUUAAAAAUGGCAACCAUGGAGUUUUGUAAAAAACAGUGCCCGGAUAAUAAAGAACUAUUCAAUUUAGUUGCUAAUCACUUUCAACUUUAUACGGAAGUCGCUAUUGUGUGGGAAAAUAAAGCUAAGAUGGUGAUACGUGAACUGUUACAAGAUAUCAGAAAAGAAAAUAUAAGAAUGAUGAUUAAUUUACAGACUGUUAUUAAAUUAACACGCAAUGAUAAGACAGAAAAAAAAUUACAGUCUGCGAUAACAUACUUUACGGAUGCUACUGAACAUUAUUUACAAGACAAUAAAUUAAAUACUGCCCAUAAAUGUUCGCAUCAGGCACAAUUGGUUGCUUUGCAAUUGUCUCUAUUAAAUGGGGUUGCUGUUAAUCAACAAGUUACUUGUUUACUUAAUUUAAGUAAUGAAGAAAUAAAUAAAGCGCUUUGCCAAACGCUCACCUUUCCACAAACUUUUAUUCUGAUUCAAGCUUACAGUCAUAAUGCUGACUGGCCAAGCAUUAUUUAUCAUCAUGUUAUUACUAAUGGAGAAAUUAAAUUCCUGAAAGAUUUUUUGACAUACAAACGUCUUACUAAUGCCAUUGUACAGGAUUGUGUUUGCAAAUAUCGUAUGGAAAAAAACAUAACUAAACAAAUGACACAAAAUAUGCAAAGUUUAAUAUGUGAAUUAAGCGACGUUGAGUGUAAAUAUGUAUUGGCAAGUCAAUUGGGAUUUAAAAAUAUUAUUGAAGCCAUGCUUUCUAAUUCAACAAUUGGAUCGUAUUUAAAAGAUACCGUAUGGAAACAAGGAUUCAAUCCUCAAGAAUUUAUUGGAGAAAAUUUUCGAAGUUAAAUAUUAUAAAAUGUUUUUGUUAAAUACAUAUAAUAUAUAUAUUUUAUCAAAGCAAUUAUAUAUUGUAUUGUAUAAUAUUUCAUUAAUGUAAGUAAUGUAUAUACAUUUUUAUAAGAUA